GCAUUAGUGUUGUCAUGGUUACACGCCUGAACCGAAGUGAACUUCUGGGGUCUCAUUUAUAAAGCGUGCGUAAGCACAAAAUAGCGCUGAAAACAUGCGUACGCCACUUCCCAUGCAAAGGUUGUGACCUAUAAAAAAAUUGACGGGAAAAUGUGCGCACCUGUAAGUAAAAACAUUGACCCAUACGCAUCAUUUUGUGACAAGGGGAAUUGGCGACACAAGCUGGGUUUCCAUCCAAACGUGAAGCGGAUCUUUUUAAAAUUCACAAAAAAAAGAAAAACAAACAAAUUAGGCGCAUUUCCAUCAAGUUAUUCGAGUGAAAGAUGUUGAUAAUGGUAACCUAGUAACCAACAGUAAACAAAACAAGGCACGCUUGGAAAAUGGGGAUAGGACUGCAUGUAGUCAUAAUGGGGCAAGUUAUUAAUUUAUUAGCAGUGCAGCAUGUAAUUGCCAAACUAAAUGCUGUGCACAGAAAAAUGAAUGCCGUAUUUUUGAUGCAGGCACUAGCAGCAAGGGCAUUAAGACAAUGUAGAGCCCCAUUUAUAGUAAAGACAACGUCACGGAGACAGCUAGAUGGUCAGUCCCGCAUAUUAUUAUGAAAAAUAAAUCCAGCAUUGUUAUUUGUGUUUGAGUGAUGAUUGUUUUAUAUAGGCAAUUUCAUCUUCUUGUAAAAUCCAAUCUUAAAUCAAAAAUCAUUUUAAAUAUUUAACCAGCGCUGUCUCACCAUCACAUUGUCUACUACGGGAGUCCAGGAGAAGAUGGCUCGAUUGCAUGGAAUACAGGGCUGUAUGGAUGUUUUUGGAUGGUGGUCAGGGGAAUCACAUCCAGCUUCCCAUGCCCAGACCCUAUUUACAGACAAAACACAUACAAACAAAUCCCUCAUCCACAAUUUCAGUGCUUGACAUGGGAAUAAGUGAGGAUGAGUGGGAUAGACUACAGAAGGCUAUUGACUGGCCAAGUACAGACCAAGAAAUCACUCAGCUGGAGCAGAGCACAAGUCCAGUUCACACAAAAUUCUCUAUUGUGGGACUCAAUGAGACUUACAAAGUGGGAGAAAAGAUCCAUGUUAUUAUCACAGCUAGAGAUCACAACAACAACUUAAAAUUAUAUGGAGGUGAUUUUUUUCAAGCAAAGCUUUUCAAUUUAAACUUAAAGGCAGGUGUUUAUGGGAAAGUUGUUGAUCACCGCAAUGGGACAUACACUGUUGAUCUUCUGCUACCCUGGGAAGGUCAGGCACAGGUGUCUGUGCGACUGGUCCACUCUAGUGAAGUUAUAAAGUUUACUAAAAAAUACUGGGAGUCCUCAUUCGCACGCAGCCAUUAUUAUGGUUACUAUGAAGGACCAGGACCUGAUGGAGUCAUAAGAAGUGAAAAAGUGGAAUGUAAUCUUAAAUGGGGCCCAGACGGAAGUUGGAUUAAAGGCAACUGCUGCUGUGAAUAUAAAGAUGUAAAAACAGGAACGGUAUGGCAGUGUGAGAGACCAAAGAACCUUACCUGUGACUACUGGGUGUAUCAUGAAAGAGGACCAAUGAAAAGUCCGUUAACUCCUUUUGAGAAGCAACUCAUUUUACGAAAUGUAACAAAUGUUGGGAUUCCUGGAGACACUAAAAUCAUAAACGUCCUUCCCAGUACUGCAGGCAAUGGCACAACAGAAAAAUGCAGAUCUGGUUUGACUACACCAGUUCCUGCAGGGUUUUAUUUGAAAGAUGUCUGGAAGUCCUUUGUGUGUAACACUCACAGUUUUAGUCCACCAGAAAUGAUAAAUUGCCUUAAAAACAAGAUGAUUUACUUGAUGGGAGACUCUACCACAAGGCAAUGGUUUGAGUUUUUUCAAAAAAAAUUGCCAGGUCUGACAAAAAUUAAUCUUCACGUUGAUUCCCAGAAUGGCCCCUUGAUGGCUGUGGAGUUAAAAAAUAAUAUCAUUAUUCACUGGAGGCCACAUGGUUUGCCUCUGCAGUUUCGUAAAAUGCCAGCAGCUGACCUGCAUUAUAUCAGCAAUGAAAUUGAUUCUAUAACAGGUGGUCCUCAUGUUGUUGUUGUCUUCACAAUAUUUGCCCACCUGGUUGUUCACCCAGUAACGUUUUAUGUACAUAAAGUGGCCAGAAUUCGUCAAGCUGUGAUUGCGCUAUUUAAGCGUGCACCAAAGACUACUGUCAUUAUCAAGUCUGGAAACACCGGAUUCACAAAGAAUGAAUUAGGAAAUGACUGGCACAGGAUGCAGUUAAACACAGUUAUGAGAGAGAUGUUCAGUGAUGUUAAGGGAGUGGUCUACUUCGAUGUCUGGCAGAUGACUUCAUGUCACUACACAACUGAAGACAUUCAUCCAGCCAGUGUAGUCAUCAGCAAUGAGAUUGACAUGUUGCUCUCAUAUAUCUGUCCUUCUUGACAAAUGUAAAAUUAAAGCAAAUAUUUGAUUUAUUACAAAAUAAUUUACGCAAGACAUCAUCUGCACCAAAGUGUGUGACACAAUAAUCCGUCACAAAUGUUCAUAUCAUAUAUGCAAACUUUUAAAUAGGGUGAUUGAUGUUAAUGAUUCUUUGUUUAAAGAUGAUUUAUUAAUUUAGUAAUGUCCUUCAGAAGCGAAAUUUCCCAGAAGACAAAUGAUUAACUCUAAAAUACUCUUUUAGUAUGGAUAAUCUUAGUAUUGUUGUUGUUGUAUAUUUUUUUAAUACAUUUCUAUUUUAUUACAGCUGUUUCUUCCUUGUGUUGAUGAUACAAUAUUUUGUUCUAAUUGUCUGUGCAGAGAUUGGUUGCUGUGCUAAUGUUCAGUUUUAAAGAGCUCACUCUGACAAUGGCCUUUAGGCACAUGGAACAAAAGUGGUUGCAAUCAAUUUAUUUAAGCUACAUUUAAACAAAAGUUUUUUGUUUAAAUUUAUUUUUCUAUUUUUGUUGUUGUUUAAAUGUAGCUUAAAUAAAUUGAUUGCAACCACUUACCUUAAAAAAUUGAGUAAAUUGAAUGAUUUUCUUUUUCAGUGAGAUUUCUUCUCCUGCCGAUACAAGAUCUUGUAAAUGGCAUACCUUAUUUAUAAAGUACUUUAAUCAAAUCUCUGCCUGGUUUAGGAGCUUAAGGGUAUCCUGCAAUUUAACCUUGUUUGUGUUUAUUUUCUUAGGGGGAAGUUUGGUGUAUUUUUGUUUUUUUUUUCAAUUAGGUUAAAAAUGGUCCCUAUCUGUCACUAAGGCAGUAUCCUACUAUUUACAGUAGGAACAAAUCUCUAUACAUUUGGAACCAAUAUGUACCUCUGAGGAACUAAUAUGAAAAAUCUAAAGGUGUACUUACUGCCCCCGUGACAACUAGGGACCAUUUGUAGACCAUUUUAUCUGACCGUUUUAAGACCUCUACAAAAAUUACCAGAAUCUCACAAAAUCCUUCAGAUAUGUUAGAUGAAAUACUCAUUAACAUUUUCUAAUUUUGUUGAGUUUUCAUUUACAUAAAAUGUGAAAUUCCUUGGUACCCCGAGGUAAAGAAGAAAGGAGUCAUCUGUGACCUUAACCAAAACUCACAACACCACCUAGUGUCCUGUGUAGGGCAUUCUACACAAUUCUUGCCCAACUGUAUGUGAAUAUCACUGCAGUAUAGCAAGGUGUAACAAAGUGACCGAAUAAUAAUCAAUAAAAAUACAGAUCUCGCCUACAGCCAUCACAUUACAUGACAUGCAUUUUAGUAAUAUCACCAGUACAUUUAACACAACAAUGCACAUAAGUAGAAUAUUGGCAUUUAUUUAAAGACGGUAAACUGACCUUGUACAGUUUAUUUAUUUAUACCAAAAUUGGCUUAAAAUGUUUACAAAUGACAAUUAAAUUACUCCUGAAUAACAGGGGAGACACACCAAACCAUAUUAAAACUUCAUAUUCAUAGCUGUGAAUGAUCAGAAAUGUAUAUUUUCCAGCAAAUAGUCUACAGAAAUUGAUGAUCUGAAAACAUUAGGUUAGCUUUUCUACGUUUACUCAAAUGUUUGGUUGAGCACGUUUUUGAAAAAUUAAAAACAUAGGCUACUAAAGUUUUUUCAUGGCAACAAGUAACAUAAUUUUGUAAAGUUAGGGUUCUUACAGUGGUACAGUAUAUGUAAAAAAAAAAUGUUUACAAUUUCACCACAACAGUUUACAUGGCAGGAGUAAUUUCUUUGUUUCUGACAUCCAUCUAAGAAGUGUUGUGACAAGUGCGGUUGAUUGACACUACUGACAUCUAGUUGAUUUAUUUCGGCAUAACAUACCUCAACCAGAAGAGAUAGUACUCAAAAAGGGUUUUAAUAUCUAUUAAAUAAAGAAAUAAAAACACACCCUUACAAAUUAACAACAGUUUUAUUAUAGUUACAAAAAAACUAAGUUAAACUAUACUGUAACAAAACUUUAAUUACAUUUACCAUGUUUUUAGGUUUAAUUUGUAGUUGCCUAAAACCAUCAGUGUUUAAAUUGAUGUAAGUUGUGGUUGUCCCGGACUUCCUAUAAGCCUGGAGGGCCCCCCUAGCCCUAUAAAGCACAAAAAUAUAAAUUAGGGGGUCCCCUGGUAUUUAUUAAAAUUAAAAAACUCCAUGAAUUUAAAAUUUUCGCGCCGAGCUGUCACAAAGAGAUACUGUCUCGUUAUUUAUAGCAAUUUUAGUAAUAAACGAAUCCAAAAGAUUUCUGUCUGAAAUAAAUGUACAGUAAACUCUCAAGUGCGCCUCACGCUGUUUUCUGAAGGAAUUGACUGAGGAGUUAAUGUCUUUGCGUGUGG